UAUUGUUUCAAAACAAUUUAAACAUCAUUUAAAUUUACAACAGUUUUUUGUUUAUUUUGAAAGUCGAAUACAAAGUCCUAUAACCAAGGCUGGGCAAGUUAAUGAUUUUUUUUAACUCAGUUAAGUUAAGUUAAUAUGCACCAAUAACAAAAAGUUAAAAGUUAAAAGUUAAUUUAACUAUAGGUUAACUCAGUUACGUUAAAAGUUAAUCCACACUUUUUGUUAACUUUUUAUUAAGUUAAAAAAAAGUUAAUUUUUUUCCAACCCAAAACUAAAUUUUAGGAUAUAGUGUUAAUACUUCAUACAGUAUUUCCAUAUAAGUUAGAUUCCAAUGAUAUACAUUUUUAACGUUAGACAAUUUACGAUACAUAUUUUUUGAUAUGAAAACGAAAUAGACUGAAAUAGUGAAAUAUUAUAAAAUUAAAAACAAAAUAAAUUAUCUUAACUUACUUCUUAAAACGAAAAAUUAACUCGUUAAUUUCACGUUAAUUAAGAAAGAAAUUCAGUAAAUAACAGUUAAGUUAAUGAAAAGCCAAAAGUAACUAGUUAAGUUAAAAAGUUAAAAUAAAAUUAACUUUAACUUUUUAACUCGUUAAUGCCCAGCCCAAUAACAAUAAAAUAUAAAAUCGAUAUGUCAUUCCCUCAAAAAUAUUAUUCUCUAUCUUUUUUGUAAUGGGUGAUUUUACUCUAAGAUUACUUAAAAACAUAGAAAAAACGAUUCUGAGCAAAUUCGUUUUGUUAAUGGCUAUGAACCUGCUAAAUGCUAAUGAGCUAACUGACUACUAGCGCUUUUUAUUUGAAGAAUUCCCGUUUCUUAUCAGCUAUUGGUGAAUUGGCCCCGUCACUUUUCAUGGUUCUGUGCUAUUUAAACAAUAAUAAAAUAUGUUCAUGGCCACAAUUAAUGUUUUGUGUUAUGACUUAUGACUCACUAAUUUUUAUCUCUGGCUAUAAGUUAAAUAAUAUAUUUAAUUCGUUUAUAAGUUAAUAACGCCUGUGGUCCGUACUCCGACGACCGACAGUGAUUAUUGUGACUUGACUGACUUGUGAGUUGUGAUUUCGUUCAAGUUGUUUAUUUGUGACUUUAAUUUAUUGCCGUUUGACGAUUUACUAUGUUUUCGUCGGACGCCAAUUAUUCGAAACUGAAGACCAACUUGAGAUUGGCUCUUAAUCGCCUAAAGUUAUUGGAAAAAAAGAAAACUGAACUAGCUCAAAAAGCGCGUAAAGAAAUUGCAGAUAUGGUAGCAGCAGGGAAGAGUGAACGUGCAAAAAUAAGAGUCGAACACAUCAUACGCGAAGAUUACUUUGUUGAAGCACUAGAAAUUGUCGAGAUGUUUUGUGACGCUCUGUUAUCCAGAUUUGGUCUCUUACAACAAUCAAAAAUUUUGGAUUCUUCCCUUCAAGAAUCAGUUUCCAGUUUGUUAUGGGUAGCUCCUCAUAUUCAAGCUGAUGUUAGUGAAAUGAAAGUGAUAUCUGAUCAAUUAACACAAAAAUUUGGUAAAAAGUAUACUGAGGCAUGCAGAGCAGAAAACAUGGAUACUGUAUCUGAAAAACUCAAGCAUAAGUUGAGUUUAAGGCCACCACCAAAGAUACUAGUGGAGAAAUAUUUAAUUGAAAUUUCCAAAAAUUACAAUGUGCCCUAUGAACCUGACUUACAAGUCAUGCAAGAAUAUGAACAAUCUCAUAGUAUAGAUUCUAUACUUUUUGAUGGUAAAAAUUCAAAUAAUGAAAAUGCCACACGGCCUACUGGGUUUAUUGGUUUUCCAUCACAGCCCAUGGCUCCAAUUCAGGCGCCACCCAUUAAUUAUCCGAAUAUGCAGACUAUGAGUUCAAUGUUGGAUUCAGUUCCAUUGGAUUUUGAAAUACCACCUUCAUUACCUACAGUGCCCAAACCUACUUUGCCUACACCCAAACAGCAGCCGAUUCCAAAACCACCAGCAGCUAAUGUGGUUAAACCGGUUCCAAAAAAUCCAAUUUUUUCUAAUAAAAAUAUGGGUUUUUCAAACUUACCUGACCUGCCUAGUGUACCUACAGAUAUACCUACUGGUGAUAUUAAAGAUAAAGAUGAUGACGAAGAAACUGAUUUUGAUGAACUAUUAAAUCGAUUUGAGGAUUUAAAAAAAAAUAAAAAAUAAGUAUUUUAUUAUAUUUAAUUUAUUAUUAUUAAAGUUGUAUAAUUGUUAUUAUUAAAUUGACAAAAUUAAAAUCUAAAUAUAUAUAUUCAUUAUUAA